AGGAACUGGCUCCUGGGUUGGGUGGUUCUUCCUUUUCUGGCACAUGCACAAGUCAGUGUCCCUUGUGCCUCUGGAGACCCCCCAGACCCAGGAGCCCCACGUCCCCCUGUGAGUGCCUCUGGGGUGUGCAGGGCAGCAGGAUUUCCACCUAUGACUGGGUGAAGGAUGGCGGGGGUGUCACCUUGUGAGAUCCUAGACGACAGUUCGUCAGACUCUGAUGUCUGCUGGUUGGGCCCUGUGGAUUUGCAGCACCUGUCUGAAAUCAAAUCAGAAGAUAUCUGGCAUGUGUAUUCCCCUACAGGCACGUUCAACAGAAAGCUAAGUACAGGUGAAGAAGUAACAAACACUGAGCUAUAUGAAGACAUUCACAUCAUCGACACCCAUGAGUCUGCACCUCAAUCAAUUAACAAUCUACCCUCCGAAAGCAAUCGAGGCCGCAGGGCCUAUAGGCCUCGGACAUCUGACAGGACUUCCCCAGAAAAAUCCGUUGCAAGGGAGAGAAGCACCAUAGAUUCAUCGGGGAACAUCACCUUAAUGACUGAGACCGUCUACAAAUGUAACAAGUGUGACAAGACUUUCUACACCCGUUCGGGCUAUCGCAAGCACCAGAAAAACCAUGCUGAGGAUGACAGGAACAUCUGCUCUGAGUGUGGCGAAGCCUUCGAAGACCGGACUAGUUUCAAUCUACACAAGGAGGUCCACUUGAAGGACAAACCCUGGGCUUGCACUGUAUGCAAAAAACGUUUCAGGCUACAGUCACACCUGGCAAAACAUGAGAGGACCCACACGGGACAAAGACCUUAUAUCUGUAAGGUGUGCGGGAACUCCUUUAGUCAAAGCUCCAACCUUGCCACUCAUAUGAAGACCCACUUUGCAGGGAAGUCCUACAUGCCCAAAGACAGUGGCCAGUCAUUUAGUUCCGAUACUCAGGUGGUUUCAAAUAGGACGGUAAAAACGGAGGGGAGGGUUUUUACUUGUUCAGAAUGCGGGAAAGAAUUCAAAAGAAAUGCCCACUUGGCUUCUCACCAAAGAAUCCACUCGGUAGAGAGGCCUUAUUCCUGCUCUUAUUGCAACAAGUCCUUCAGAAGCAAGUCCAACCUCAUCUUACAUCAGAGAGUUCAUACAGGGGAUCAGCCAUAUGAUUGCGUCCAAUGCGACAGGAGGUUCAGCAGUGGCUCCAGUUGCCCCAGACACGAGAAGAGGCAUUCAGGGCGAGAAUCCUUUCCAUGUGGAGGCUGUGGCCUAGACUUUAGCAAUUGUGACAGUUAUACCAACCACUCAUGUGUUCUUAUUAGUUAAAUUGUUCCCAGUAUGCUUCCAGACCCAGAUAUUAUAGUGCUUCUCAACCCAAAAAAAAUGUUUCUAGAGUUUUUGGUGGAGUAGGAAAAGGUUAAAAUCCCUCUUCAUUUAUUUGUUGCAGUCUUUUAGGUGGAUUCAGAAAGACUUAGGCCGGCGUAUCAGUAGA